AUGUUUUCGAGAUCAGAUGGAUAUCUCAAAUGGGCUGGACCGAUGAUGAGAUUCAGAAACGCUUUAGGUUGCUUUGCUCUUGGCCGUUUUAAUUGCCAAGCAAUUCUUCAAUCUUUCCAAAAAGGUGGCUUAGCCACAAUCCUCUCAUUUUCCUCACAGUUCUUAGCUAUUACUGGUUUCUCAUUAUUGAUGUAUUAUGUUAAAAAGAAUGACGCCGUCCAUCUUUUCUGGUGUUAUCCUCUCACAGAUUCAUUUGGCUUAGUCUGCGGUCUUGCUUUUUGUUCUCCAACACUCUAUAAUGCCUUCAAAUUUGCGAAGAGCGAGCCAAAGGAUGACGGCGAAUUGAGUGCAAACAUAUAUCAUGCUGCAACACAAGUUUAA